AUGAUAAUUCAAAAAGGCUUAGUACUUUCGACGAUAUAUCUGGGAUUUAUCCGGCGUUUUGCAGUCACGGCGUCUAAUUCAAAAGUUAUGUCCGGAGAGAUAUCGAAUUUUAACAAAACCUCUACGAUUAUACCCGGAGAGCACUCUGUAGCUUAUGUUACUGUUCCCAACGAAGAGGUUGCGAAAACCAUUGCUCAUGGUUUAGUUUCGAAUAAACUAGCGGCUUGCGUUAACAUUAUACCUAAAAUUAUGUCUGUCUAUGAAUGGGAAGGGAAAGUCAAUGAAGAUACCGAAUUAUUAAUGAUGAUUAAGACUAGAACUUGUAAAGUAAACGAUUUGACUGAAUAUGUAAAGGCCAAUCAUCCCUACACAGUUUGCGAAGUGAUUUCAUUACCUAUACAAAACGGCAAUGAUCAGUAUUUGAAAUGGAUUAACGACGUUGUACCUAUCAAUUAA